UUAGAGCAAGGAAGAAAGACUCGGGAACUAUAUAUGCCUUGAAGAUCAUGGACAAAAAAUUUAUCACCAAGGAAAAUAAAACUGCUUAUGUAAAAUUGGAACGCAUUGUACUUGAUCAGUUAGACCAUCCUGGUGUGGUGCGAUUGUUUUUCACAUUUCAAGACACGUAUUCUCUGUAUAUGGCACUUGAGUCCUGUGAAGGUGGAGAACUUUUUGAUCAAAUCACCAGGAAGGGUCGUCUGUCAGAAGAUGAGGCCCGCUUCUAUGCAGCUGAAGUUGUAGAUGCUCUUGAAUAUAUACAUAGCAUGGGGCUGAUACAUCGAGAUAUAAAGCCAGAGAACCUGCUACUUACUGAAGAUGGGCAUAUUAAAAUUGCUGAUUUUGGGAGUGUAAAGCCUAUGCAAGAUAGUCGAAUAACAGUUCUUCCAAAUGCAGCAUCGGAUGACAAAGCUUGUACUUUUGUGGGAACAGCUGCUUAUGUCCCUCCAGAAGUUUUAAAUUCAUCUCCUGCAACUUUCGGAAAUGACCUUUGGGCACUUGGCUGCACGUUAUUCCAAAUGCUUUCAGGAACUUCUCCUUUUAAAGAUGCAAGUGAAUGGCUCAUUUUCCAGAGAAUAAUUGCUAGGGAUAUCCGAUUUCCAAACUAUUUCUCUGCAGAAGCCAGAGAUAUUAUAGAUCGACUGCUGGAUAUUGAUCCUGGCAGGAGGCCAGGGGCUGGACCUGAUGGUUAUUCUUCCCUUAAGAAGCAUCCUUUCUUUGAGGGGAUUGAUUGGACAAAUUUGAGAUCACAAACCCCUCCUAGACUUGCAUCGGAGCUUAAAGCUCCAUCUAGUGGGCCUGAUGGUCAUGAAUCUGCAUGGAACCCAUCACAUGUUGGAGAUAGUUCAGCAAAAACAAAUGAUAGAAAUGGAGGUGCUGCCUCAUCUUCUGAGUCUGGUAGCAUAACUAGACUUGCUUCAAUUGAUUCCUUUGACUCCAAAUGGAAACAGUUUUUGGAGCCGGGUGAAUCUGUUCUUAUGAUUUCUAUGGUUAAGAAACUUCAGAAGCUAACAAGCAAAAAAGUACAGCUUAUUCUCACCAACAAACCAAAGUUGAUCUACGUGGACCCUGCAAAGUUGGUGGUUAAGGGGAAUAUAAUAUGGUCCGACAAUCCCAACGAUCUCAGCAUUCAAGUUACUAGCCCUUCACUUUUUAAGAUUUGCACGCCGAAGAAAGUCAUGUCCUUUGAGGAUGCAAAACAAAGAGCACUUCAGUGGAAGAAAGCAAUAGAGGCCCUUCAGAACCGGUGAAUUCUGUUAUGAUUUUGACAACAUAUUCUUUCGAUGUAACGAUAUUGUAGAGGAACACGGGGAUCUGAACACAUUUGGAUGCUCCAGAGGAACUUUAUUACUAUAAGAAAGUGAUUAAAAUUUCACAUCUGCUUCUGUCUUGGUUCAACAAAAUUCCAACACCCAUCUUCUUUUGCUUCAUGACUUUCAGUUAAUGUGCAACAGAGUAUUUUAAUA